AUGGGAAAUGAAAUAGUGGUGGCUUGUAUUACCACCCUUAGUAGUUAUUUUAAAAAUGUAACCCGAAAAGAAUGUGAGGUUAUUUUUUAUAUAUCAAAUAUUUGCAUUGUGAUCUUGAAAAUUUUCACACUUCGUUUUGGUGGUUCUAAUAAUCAAAAAAAAUAUUUAAUUUUUAUUUUUAUUUUUAUUUUUUUUUUUUUUUUUUAUUUUUAUUUUUUUUUUUUUUUUAAUCCAACCUUUGCCAAAAAAUUUUAUUUUUAUUUUCAUUCCAAACAGUUCACCACUAAUCACUUUAAAAGUCAUUAA